ACCAUAAUUCACCACUCGCAGAUUUGUGUUUUUUUACGGUGUCAUGUCAACCGUUAUCGAAUAUGUUCACCCUUACGAUGAAAAGUACCUGCAAAUUCUCACCUUCAUAUUCGAAUUAUUUUGGGACAACUGUCUUCCAGUUUGAGUGCUUCGUACGCCCUGGGAGACUAGAUUCCUACAUUAUUCACAGUUCCAGUAUAACUUUCUCACUCA